AUGUCCGAGACGUUAGCAGCUUUUAAGGAAAGUAUGAUGGCAUCACUAAAGGAACUGCUUGACCAGCAAAGUGACAAAAUAUGCAAGUUGUGUGAGGAUAUCAGUGAUGUGAAGCAGCAUAUGUCUUACCUGAAUAAAACUACCGAAAACAUGUCCUGUGAAAUUAAUGACAUUAAACUUAACAUAACGACCCUGAAUAAACAAAUUGAAUCGACAAAUAUGAGAGUAUGUACCCUAGAAAAAGAAUUGUCUGAAAAAAACCACGUCAUUACCUCCCUAUCCACACAGCUCGGCGACAGAGAGCAGCAAGGUCGCUUGAAUAAUUUGGAGAUUACCGGAAUCCCGUUCAAGAGAAGCGAAAACCUCAAUACUAUCCUAAACUGCAUCGCAACUAAGGUUGGAUUCAUAAUAUCACCUUCUGAUGUCGACUAUAUUCACAGAGUCAGGCGAUAUCCUCGUAAUGAUGAUAAUAAGAAAACCAUACUUGGUCGAGAAUCAUCUGACAUCCCGAAUAUCAUAGUACGAUUUACUCAAAGAAAAAGAAAAUCCGACAUGUUGGCGGCAGUGCGCGUGCGCCGCGGCCUGACUACAGCUGACUUAGGCCUGGACGGCGCCUCAAGACCGGUUUUUAUUAAUGACCAUCUGGCACCACAUAAUAAAAUCUUAUUUGGAAAAGCGCGUAAACUAGAUGCUACAACUCCAACUGAAUCUCGAAAACAAAGGGAUGCUUCUUAUUACGUGAAUCUAAGAAGAAUGUCAUUAAGAUCCAGACGUAAUCUCCCAUCAUACGCACCGCCAAAUACUAGCAUUGAUGAUUCAUUUGAUAUAAUUGAUAAUGAGAAACAUAGGGAUGAAACAUAUCUACCGUCUACGGACGACGAUACUGCAAAUAGUUCAAAUUUAAAUAACGACUUGACGGAUACUCUGAUGGAUGAUAUAACGAAUGAUGCUGAUGACUCGGAUUCGAACUAUAACGAAACAUGCUUGCCAGAUCAAAGACCAAUGACUGACAUCGAGACACCGCGGAAUACUUUGUUGUCAGAUUCAGUUGCAACUUCUAGUCCUCCUCUGCUAGAUGCUGACAGCAACGUUAUUAUCGAAGCGAACGCAAACAUUCUGGCUGAUAACAGUAAUAAUUCAGUUAUCCAAAAUUCUGAUUAUUUAAAUGUGUUGGAACAACCUCAGAACCCAAUGCAUAGUGAAAGUGGUCAAUCGUGUCUUACUAUAACUAACCAGUCCUUAUCAAACGUAUUGGAACAAUCUCCGUACCAAAUGCAUGUAACACUAAGUAAUCCUAAUGAAUGUAAUCUCACAAAAAAUCACACAAUAACAAGCCAAUCAUUAUCACAAGACCAUACCACUCAGAUACAAGACUCAGUACCUACUACGUCAGGUGGCGCUUCCAAUGAUGGCAUUCCUAAUUUUUCUAAUGACAAUAGCUCUGAGUUUGACGACUCUGACAAAGAUCCAACGUACAUUUCUGCAUUCGAGAAAUCCUCCAGUAUCACAAGUUAUACUGAAGAAACGGAAGAAGUAUUGAAUAAGACACAUCAAAAUCAGCAAUUGUGUCUUAGACGUCGUAGCUUAGAGGAACCCCAGGUGAGAUCUUUUCUUUAUUACUUAAAUUCUGAAACCAUGAAGCUGCAAUAA